GGAAAUGUCUGAUCAGGGAGAUGAGUUUGAUGUUGAGAAUAUAGCUGAGCCAACGGAAGAAAGUGAUGAUGAUCUCAACACUGUGAAUAUUCCAGUUCCCUCAGAAGAGCCUGAAGAAUCAGAUCAAAUUAAAGAACAUGAAUAUGAAUUAGAACGAUUCAGUAAGGACCAGAAAAUACCUGGUGAGGAGCAGAGUGACCAAAGCUCUUCAAGCCUUGAACCAGUCGAUGAAGAGCAAAGCAUGGAAAAGGAUGUGCCAUCCACACAAAGUUCACCUAGUCCAAGACAUUCUGAAGAGCAGGAUGUAAUGCAAAAUCCAAGUGAUAGUCUGUCAUUUCUGGAUAAAAUAAAAGCGAUAAAGGAGUCUUUGCAAAAAUCAAUGAAAGAUUCUUUAGCAACAGUAAAAGUUGUACUUAUUCCUGUGGGUCAGGAAAUUGUAAUGCCUUUUAAAGUUGACAGCAUUGUUAAAUACCUCAAGGAUCAUUUUUCAUUCCUAUUAAGUGUCCCAUCUUAUGCACUGCAGAUGACCUAUUCAGGAAUAACACUUAAAAAUAAUGAGACCCUAUUACAACAUGGAGUUAAGCCACAGGAAACUGUACAAGUGGAAAUCUUUUCUAUAUAUCCAGAUACAUAUCCAGUCAAGAGAAUACAAAGAUUAAAUGAUGUCUCUCAAAUCAUAACUGUCACCAUACAAACUGGCAUUGAUCAGUACCAGGAGGUACCUGUUGAAAUUGUAAAAUCUGACUUUCAUAAACCAUUUCUUGGUGGAUUCAGGCAUAAAAUAACAGGAAUAGAAUAUCACAAUGCUGGAACACAAACUGUACCUAAAAAGAGUCCUGAAAGAACUAGUGUAUUUUGUAGGGAUACACAGACAGUUUUUCAGAGAAAAAAGUUACAACAAACUGCAAAUACAACGUCUACACAAAUGACUAAAAUUGGUGUGUAUGUAUCAAAUAUAACUGAUAAACUGGUGAAACCAGGAGUAUAUUUUUCAGCAGCAGAAUAUCAUGCUCAAAGAUUAAAGGCGGUGAUAGUGCUACAGACUUACUACAGGCAAUGGCAUGCUAGAACCUUGGUAGAGAAUUUAAGAAGACAGAAAAUGUUGAGAUUGGAGUGGGAAGCACAGGAAGAACUAAGAAAGAUAAGAGAAAAAGAAGAAUGGAUGAGAUUGGACUAUUACCGGAGGCAUAAUCCUAAAACAAAUGAAGACUUCGAACUUCUUUAUAAUGCACUAGAACUCUGGCGGCAAGAAGAAGUUACACGCAUUAACCAAUCUUUCACUGGAGCUGAAAGGAAAGCUGCUUUGUGCGAAAUUCUGGAAAAAGAGACUCAGAUAAUUGCUUCCAUUGGGAGACAUAGAUACAUUGCUUAUACAGAGAGUCAGGAUGCAGCAGUACAAGCUUUUUUGGAUAAGUGUUCAGCUCUGAAGACGUGGAGAACAGCUGAUGGCAAAAUAAUUGAGAUGGAUACACAGUUCACCGUCAGAGCCAGGGAACUACAAUCCAUCUAUAAAUGCAUUAUGCUGAAAAAUAUCUCUCAAGAUGAGAGGCUGGAUGUACUCUUAACUCUUAAACACACUGUGAAGGAACAUGAAUGUAAACUGACUCAGGAUAUUCUAGAAUUGAUUGACAGAGAGGUUGAUCUUAUGAUGAGAGGAGUCAAACAUCACAACCUUGAAGGACUCAGAAAAAGAAUUGCAACACUCUUUUUACAUUAUAUCAAAACACCUCUGUUUAAUCCUGAAGUUGCAAGAUACCUUAAGGUCCCUCAAGACCCAUUGAAGUUUUAUAAGAAGAUUUACUUUUGCCACGGUUGUCAGCUAUAUUUGCCUUCUACAGAGUUUGCCGUAUCAUCCACCUCACACCGUGUAUAUAGGUGCCGUCGCUGCACUAGCCUUGAGAAUGAGGCUAAACAACGAGAAUCAUUUUUGAAGUACAAAUGUUUACUUCAACGGCUCUACUAUUCAGAAGCUGAUUAUGAAGAUGAUUCUAAAAUUGCUUUCUUGAUGCAGCUACAAGAUAUUCAGUACCUGACAGAAAACAUCUGGGCAUCCCAGUCAGUACUCAGUGCCUGGGACAAUCUCAAUGAUCUGGUCAUGGUCAGGUGGGAUAAGUCCUUGGAGUGGUCCCCCUGGAACUGCAUUCUUCUUACCAAAGAUGAAGGGGCUGCUCAUCUCAAGCUAACGAGUAUUGAAGAGGGAUACAGACGCUCAUUUAUUCACAAGAUCAAGCACAAACAUAUCCUGGCUAAGAACUAUUUUUCUCAGAUUCCAGCGCUGGCAUCAUUUAUACUUGAUGAUGAUGAAAUAGAUAUGAUCAGAAAGAAAUAUCACUCAGACACAACACUUAAGAUUAUAGAAUCCAAGAGGCCUUGUCCUUAGAAGAUCCAGGAGUAUUUGUUUGAUGAUCAACAUUUUUGUCCACUGCUCAUAGGGUAAUACAGAGGUCAUAUACUAUGGAAAUGGAAUUUUAUCUUUUUAUUGAUUUUGUUUUGUUUUUCAUAGUAUUAUAAGUUGUAUAAAGAGAAAACAUCCCUAUGUAAAUAUUUUAUUGCUAGGCAAUUAGUGCAAAAUUGAAAUGCAAUUUUGUUACUGAAAUUAAUAUUUUAAAGAGAACAUUUUGUUUUUACAUAUUUUCAAUUAAAUUUUUUAAAAAGUUCAAGUGUAUUAUAGUUAAAAUCUAACAGUCAAAUAAGGACUAGGCUUAACUUUCAA